AUGUCGCCGUCAUACUCACCACAGGCGGGCGAUAAUGUGCUCAUACGGCGGCAACCAGCAGACGGCGGCACGACCCCGCAGCAGCGGCGCGGCCGCGCCUCGCCUGGCGCCUCAUUUGGCUCUGGCGGCUCGAGCUAUGCUGACGAGGACGAGGAUGAGGGGGAGGGGGCAGAGGACAGCGAUUACGGGGAAGGGGAGGGGCGCGGAGGCGGCGGCGGCGCGGCGGCCCGAGGCCGCGCGCCCAUCAGCGCCACGCUGCAGGCGGUGCACAAGAAGUACCUCCUGGUGGCAAUGGACAAGGAGGAUUCAGACACCAUGCAGGCAGAGGUCGCGGGCAGCCCCGCCCUGGCGCCGCCCGCGGACUGGCGGGUCGACCAGGCCGAGAACGACGUGGCGGCCAAGAGGCAGCUGGAGGCGAUAGAGCGGCUCGGCAGCCUGCAGGAUAAGGAGCACGCGGCCUUCGAGCAGCUUGCGCGCUGCUGCACAGUCGGCUCCCCCCGCUCCGCUGACGUCGCGCGCGUCCCUCCGCUGUGGGUGCGCGACAAGGGCUGGCGCGCCGCCGCCAAGGCGCAGCUCGCGGCGCAGCACGGGCUGAACCGGUCGCAGCGCAAGGCGGUGGCUGACGCGAUGAUCGCGAGCGUCACGCUGUGGCAGGGGCCGCCGGGGACGGGCAAGACGGCCACGCUGCUGGCGCUCAUUCAGGUGCUUGUCGGCGCCUGCAAGGGCGCGUUCUCAUCCGCGCCGGCCAGCAAAGCGGCUGCCGUGGCAGCGGCCGGCGAAGAGAGUCAUACGGCGGCGCGGGAGAUGGCGCGCAAGCGGUGGAAGCAGAUGGGGCCCGUGCUCGCCUGGUGA